UCUGCAGUAGGCAGCUUUCACAGAGGUUCUUCCAGUGUAGUGGCUGUAGCUCUGGGUGAAGUAGGAUCAUCAAUGUCGGCCCCCAGGGUUCACAGCUGUUCUGAGCCCCGCCCCCAGGUGGCAGGGCAGCCCAGUCAGUCAGUCACGUGCUGGCGGCUGGCCAAUCAUCGGGGGCGGCGCGGGGAGGGGUGGUGUAGACGGAGAAAGUGAAGGGUGAGGCACGGCCCUGCAGAUUUUCCAGCGGAUCCCCGGGUGGCCUCAUGUCGCGCAGUGGAACCGAUCCUGAGCAGCGCCAGCAGGCGUCAGAGGCGGACGCCGCAGCAGCAACCUUCCGGGCAAGCGACCAUCAGCAUAUCCGCUACAACCCGCUGCAGGAUGAGUGGGUGCUGGUGUCAGCUCACCGCAUGAAGCGGCCCUGGCAGGGUCAAGUGGAGCCCCAGCUUCUGAAGACAGUGCCCCGCCAUGACCCCCUCAACCCUCUGUGUCCUGGGGCCAUCCGAGCCAAUGGAGAGGUGAAUCCCCACUACGAUAGCACCUUCCUGUUUGACAACGACUUCCCAGCUCUGCAGCCUGAUGCCCCCAGUCCAGGACCCAGUGAUCAUCCCCUUUUCCAAGCAAAGUCUGCUCGAGGAGUCUGUAAGGUCAUGUGCUUCCACCCUUGGUCGGAUGUAACGCUGCCACUCAUGUCGGUCCCUGAGAUCCGGGCUGUUGUUGAUGCAUGGGCCUCAGUCACAGAGGAGCUGGGUGCCCAGUACCCUUGGGUGCAGAUCUUUGAAAACAAAGGUGCCAUGAUGGGCUGUUCCAACCCCCACCCCCACUGCCAGGUAUGGGCCAGCAGUUUCCUGCCAGAUAUUGCCCAGCGUGAGGAGCGAUCUCAGCAGGCCUAUAAGAGUCAGCAUGGAGAGCCCCUGCUAAUGGAGUACAGCCACCAGGAGCUACUCAGGAAGGAACGCCUGGUCCUAACCAAUGAGCACUGGUUAGUACUGGUCCCCUUCUGGGCAACGUGGCCCUACCAGACACUGCUGCUGCCCCGUCGGCAUGUGCGGCGGCUACCUGAGCUGACCCCUGCUGAGCGUGAUGAUCUAGCCUCCAUCAUGAAGAAGCUCUUGACCAAGUACGACAACCUGUUUGAGACGUCCUUUCCCUACUCCAUGGGCUGGCAUGGGGCUCCCACAGGAUCAGAGGCUGGGGCCAACUGGGACCACUGGCAGCUGCACGCUCAUUACUACCCUCCGCUCCUGCGCUCUGCCACUGUCCGGAAAUUCAUGGUUGGCUACGAAAUGCUUGCUCAGGCUCAGAGGGACCUCACCCCUGAGCAGGCUGCAGAGAGACUAAGGGCACUUCCUGAGGUUCAUUACCGCCUGGGGCAGAAGGACAGGGAGACAGCAACCAACGCCUGACCACGCCGACCACAGGGCCUUGAAUCCUUUUUUUUUUUCAACAGUCUUGCUGAAUUAAGCAGAAAGGGACUUGAAUCUUGGCCUGGAAUUUGGGCAGAUAUAGCACUAAUAAAACUGUGUAUCUCAAACUUUUA